AUGGCCUCCGCCGAGAAGGUGUUCGACGAAAUGCCUGUCAGAAACUUGGUCUCUUGGAAUUCCCUCGUCGCCGGCUUCGUCCGCAAUAGAAUCUAUGGUAAGGCGAUCAUGACAUUCCGAGGGCUGUUGUUGGACGGCGAAGUUGGGCUUGAUCAGGUGUCGCUGUCUAGCGUGUUGAGCGCCUGCGCGAAUUCGGGUGAGCUGGGGUUCGGGCGACAGGUGCACGCGCGCGGGGUUAAGGCUGGGGCGGACGGUCUGGCGUAUGUUGAGAAUGCGCUCAUUGACAUGUAUUUGAAGUGUCGGUGCACGGAAGAAGCUAGGGUUUUGUUUGAGAGCAUGGAGGAGAGAGACGUCGUGAGUUGGAACAUAGUGAUGAUGGGGUCGGUGCAGAACGAGCACUAUGAGGAGGUAUGCAAGUGCUUCAGCGCGAUGCGAAGAGAUGGGAUUAGGGCAGACAUCGCUUCGUUUUCUACUGUGUUGCAAGCCCUUUGGUGUAUCGCGUCGUGGGGCCAAGGAGCAACGAUUCAUGCCCAAAUCGUAAAAGCUGGUUAUGCGAUGCAUUGCAGUAUAGGGAGCCCUUUGAUCACAAUGUACGCAAAGUGUGGAAGCUUGGCUGAUGCGUAUCGAUAUUUUGAAGAGAUCAACAAUAAUCUCAGCGUAGUAUCAUGGACAGCUAUGAUCGCAGCGUAUCAGCAGCAUGGACACGGAGAUCGAGCAACUGAGCUGUUCAAUGAGAUGUUAGAAAAGGGAAUCGAGCCAGAUUACAUCACGUUUAUUUGUGUGCUGUCAGCUUGCAGCCACAAGGGGCUCAUAGACCAGGGCUUCAGAUAUUUCGAUUCCAUGUCGAAGAUAUAUAAUAUAGUGGCAGGACAUGAACAUUACGCUUGCAUUGUUGACAUGCUCGGUAGAGCAGGUAAGCUGGAGGAAGCGAAGAAAUUUGUUGACAAUAUGCCAAUAAAGCCUGAUGCGUCGGUGUGGGGAGCUCUUCUUGGAGCUUGCAGCAACCGUGGCGAGUUGGAAAUGGGGGAAAAAGUAGCGCAAAAGUUGUUUGAGAUAGAGCCUGAUAACUCUGGGAACUAUGUACUGCUCUCGAAUAUGUAUGCAUACCAUGGGAAGCUGGAGGAAGCGAAAGAAGUUCGAAGAUUGAUGGGAUGCAAAGGAGUGAGGAAGGAGACAGGGUGCAGCUGGAUCGAUGUCAAGAACAAGACUUACAUUUUCGUGGUACAAGAUCGAUCACAUAGCAGGACGAAGGAGAUCUACGCGAUGUUGAGGAAGUUGGAGGAUUUGGUGAAGGAGAAAGGAUAUGUUGCCGAUACUAGGUUUGCAGUCAAUGAUGUUGACGGGUAUAAGGAGCAGGGAUUGUGGUAUCAUAGCGAGAGGUUGGCGCUUGCAUUUGGGCUGAUAAGCUUGCCUGCAGAUGCACCGAUCAGGAUCAAGAAAAACUUGAGGACUUGUGUGGAUUGUCAUGGAGUCAUGAAGCUCGUCUCGGGAAUCCUUCAGCGCGAGAUUGUGAUAAGGGAUAUCAACAGAUUUCAUCGGUUUGCCCAUGGUUCCUGUUCUUGUGGAGAUUACUGGUGA